AUGGAUCUCGUUCAGAAGUACGGCCACCUCAAGCAUGACAGACGCCGCAGCUCUCUGCAACAGCAACUUGCGGAAGAGGAACGCCACCAGAAUCAGAUGGGGAGCUUUGGAGGUGCAGCAAACGACCAUCCAGACAGACGAUCCAGUGGCGCGGGGAAUAUGGCAGCCAUGAUCGAGGAGUUCAAUAGGCGGAAAUCGAUGUCCCCGGAUGCGAAUACUGAGGAGAAAGUGUGA